GACCGUAGCUUUUCAGUGUUGUAAGCGAUGUUUAUUGGCGUCUCGUGAUCAUUACGAAAACAUAACAGAAGUUGUCAUCAAACAAGAUGGGCCUCCCUUUUGUAACUGUGUUCAUUCUCGUUACGGCUGUUGGUGCGAAAGUCUAUGAGUUUGAGUUCAACUCAAACAAAAGGGUCUCAUUCAACAGAAAACCAGCUUGCCUUGAUGACUCGUUCAGAAAGGGGAUACUACCAGUAAGGACAUAUCCCAGACCCCAUGAGUACCUAGACAUGAAUGACCUGCCUAAGGCCUGGGACUGGCGUAAUAUAAAUGGCACCAACUUCUGUAGUACGACUCGUAAUCAGCAUAUUCCUCAAUAUUGUGGUUCUUGCUGGGGUAUGGGAUCUACAAGUGCCAUUGCUGAUCGUAUUAACAUAAAACGGAAGGGAGCCUGGCCGUCCUCUUAUCUCUCCGUACAACAUGUUAUUGACUGUGCUGGUGCUGGCUCAUGUGACGGGGGUGAUGACCUGCCAGUGUACGCCUACGCCAACAAGCAUGGCAUCCCAGAUGAGACAUGCAACAACUACCAAGCGAAAAAUCAAGAAUGUAAUACAUUCAAUGCCUGCGGGACAUGCACAACCUUUGGACAAUGUAGUCAGCUAAAGAACUACACUCUAUGGAGAGUGGGGGACUAUGGUUCUGUUAUAGGCAGGGACAAAAUGAUGGCAGAGAUUUACCAAAAUGGACCCAUAAGCUGUGGUGUUAUGGCAACUGAUACCUUAGAGGCCUACACAGGUGGUAUUUUCAAGGAAAAGCAUUUAUUGCCAAUGGUGAACCACAUCAUAUCUGUAGCAGGAUGGGGAGUAGACGAGGCCACCAACACCGAGUUCUGGAUAGUGAGGAACUCCUGGGGGGAGCCAUGGGGGGAGCAUGGCUGGUUCCGUAUUGUCACCAGUAGAUACAUGAACGGCAAAGGGGACGAAUACAACCUGGCUAUAGAGUCACGCUGUAGCUUUGGUGAUGUCAUUGUCCCAAAAAGCUACUUACCAUAAUGAUGAAAGCGAAACUUCAAACAAACACCCAUUAUAUUAAACCUGAUUACACCUUGUGUAUGAAGCUUCAAAGACAAUAAAAAAACUGAAGUCUGCAAUUUAAACCUUUGUGUACAUAUAACAAAAUGCUGGCUUAAGUAUUCCUGCAUAUUUUUUAACGUAAUGCCAACUUAUUUUUAUUGUUACACUAAAUUUGUAAUUGAAUGUAAGAAAGCAAGCCACAGCAGGCAUCUAUGCAAACUAUUUGUAUUUUAAUUUCUAGCUGUUUGUAGCAAAUCUUGCAUAAUGUUUGAUGCAGUCAUUGUUAAAGAUAUAUAUUAAGGGGUCUGGAUGAGAUAAAGAGAUCUGUGAUUUUUUGUAGUCAUUCCAAUUUGUAUUGCAUUUACAUGUAUACUGUAAUCUGUUGCAAUAUUGAAGGUGCUCAUUACUGAGCAACGCUAUGUGAUAUGUGUGCAGUUUAGUAAAUAGUAUACAUGAAGAGUGGGUGAUAUCAUGUUUAAAUGAAUAACGGUCAAUGUCAGUUACGUUAUAAAAUUAUUAUUGAAAGGAAUUUUUCCUUACCUUGUAGAUUAAUAGAAUCUUCCCCUACCUUGAGGGUGUGACAGGGAAAUCUCCAACCCGAAGGGUAAUGUUUUUUGGUUG